AUAUUGCUUUUAAACAGAUUUCUAGAACAAACGCACCACAAGUCAUCAUCAUUAGUUUUGUUCAGGCCAACAAAAUAUUUUAACACCAAAUUCAUGCAAUUGGUUAAACUAGUGUUGCUGUGUUAUUACCCUUUUACAAAAUGCUAGAUGUUACAUUGACAUCAUGUUUCAGUCUUUUUUGUCAUUGCAUAACACACCAGUGUUUCAAACUUGCUCUUGGUUAUCUACAAUAAAUACCUAAAUGUUAACUGUUAGUAGCUUUUGAUUGGUUUCCAGAUGCCUCAUGAUAUCCAUGCUUUGGCAUUAAGUAUUUUCUAAAUGCACCUUGAAAGCACAUCUCCUUUUAUAGGCCUUAUAGCGGACAAAACUCGUGUUUAAUCUUUAAUCCUGUGAAGAGUGAAUGAAGAUGCUGUUUAAUUAUAUAUCAUGUAAGAUGAAAUGUAGAUUUUGUCUGGGCCCUUUGGCGACACUUGUAAGGUAUAAAUUACAUCACAUUUGAUGUGAAAGGAGCCAUUAUGGCCAACGUGCCUGCCUGUGAGCGAGGUACUUUUAUAGUCCUGUUUUGAUGUCAUUAAUAUUUUUUCCCAGAAUUCUCCUCUGAUGAGAAUAAAGCUGGGAACUUUUUAAAAGGUACCGUCCCAGUGAUAUGAAUUUCAUAUAUAUUGAACCUUGAAUGCAAGUGCAUUAGUGAUAGAGUAUUAGUGUUAGCAGCGCCAAAGUCUUGGGUUCAAACCCAGGGAACAUACACAUAGUGAUAUUUUUUUAACUUUGGAUAAAAGCGUCUACCAAGUGCAUAAAUGUAAAUCUAAAUGUUAAUAUGCAAUGUGCAAAAAAAAAAACUUAAUUUUGAAUUUUGCAGCUUUUAAAUCUUUUUAACAUAUUUGUUCCCAAAAUCAGCACAGAAAAUAUGGACAAAAAUUUAUUGAAGAAACAUACAGUAACAGCAGGGGAAAUCUACCUGGUGAAAUUCAACACUGUUGAAAGACACAAUGGCCUACCCUUCACAAUUUUUCCUUAACUUCCAUCAUGUAACCAAUGGGUCGUCUUCAGGCAGAGAGGUCGGUGGGCAUCGCUGAAGACGAACUGGAGGGUGACGACACAUCUCUGGGCAAAGGGACCGAACUUCUCCAUCCAUUCAGACUCUCACAUCCCCUAUGAGGGACAGAAACAUGGCUUCUCAUCUCAGUCUGAGCAGGAGUCGGGUGUGGCUGCGGACAUCGUUUGAAGGAUGCUUCACCCACAUGCUUCUCUUUACGCUGCUGUGUGUACCAGCCAUUGCCCAGCUGGAUUUAAACAGAUUAGAUGGUGACACGGUGUGCCCACCCAUGAAGAAUGGACAAGAUGACCUUCCAGGGUUCGAUCUGAUCACUCAGUUUCAGUUAGAUGUCAUUCCUAUGAGAGGUGUUAGAAAGGUUGAAGGUUCGACUCCUCUGCAGGUGGCGUACAGACUCGACAGGGAAGCCAACUUCCAGAUUCCAACUAGGUUGAACUUUCCAAGAGGCUUUCCCGAUGAAUAUUCCUUCAUGACCACCUUCCGCAUGAUUAAAAGCACAGUGAACAAGGUGUGGAACAUCUGGCAGGUUGUGGAUGAGGACGGUUUAAAGCAGGCCGGCAUGCGUCUCAAUGGAGACCAGCAGGCGCUGGAGUUUUUUCUCACCACUAUGGAAGGAGACCUCCAGACCGUCACGUUUCCAGGCCUCUCCGUUCUCUUCAACACCAAAUGGCACAAAGUGAUGGUUGGCGUUGAGAAGGAACUGGUGACCCUGUACGUCGACUGUCAGCCAGUGGACCAGAAACCCAUCAAGAGGAAAGGAUACGUCAACACGGAAGGAGACACUCUGAUUGGACGGCUGGAUUCGGACCCCAAUACCUCUGUAGUGUUUGAGUUGCAGUGGAUGCUGAUUCAUUGCGACCCAAAGAGAGCUCAGAGAGAAAACUGCCUUGAACUUCCUGUGACUGAGAUGUUUGCCAAUGCUGAGCCAGACCCCAAACCGAUCCCUGGACCACCCGGCCCUGAGGGUCCUGAAGGGCCUCGUGGGCCUGCUGGAGAAGAUGGACGAGAUGGUAGAGAUGGUAUUCCAGGUACCCCAGGCAUUCCCGGAACUCCGGGUGGUAAAGGUGACAAGGGUGAGAUUGGACUACCAGGACAGAGAGGACUUCCAGGGUUACAAGGACCUGUGGGGCCUAUGGGACCCAUGGGGCCACGAGGGCCAGUGGGAGAAAGAGGUCUUCCUGGUUUUCCUGGAGCAGCUGGACCCCCGGGAGCAGAAACUGUUGGACCUCCAGGAAUUCCAGGGAAACCCGGUAUCCCAGGAGAUGAAGGAAACAUUGGACCAGAGGGACCCCCGGGACCAAGAGGAGGUAUUGGCCUACCAGGACCCCCAGGACCUCCAGGACCAGCAGGAAUUCCAGGUGUUGGGAAUCCAGAAGGGAGCGGGGAAACUUGUCAGACAACAUGUCCAGCCGGACCACAGGGACUGCCCGGUCUACCAGGGAUAAAGGGACAUCGAGGUCUUCCAGGUGCAGAUGGUGUGCCAGGUAUCCAAGGUGAAAAGGGAGAACGAGGAGCCACCGGAGAGUCAGGUCCUGCUGGACGCACAGGAGAUGAUGGUCAGCGUGGGCCAAUCGGAUUUCCGGGUGCCGUUGGAGAUAAAGGAGAUCGGGGUCCUCCAGGUUUUAAUGGCAUCCCAGGACCCACUGGACCACCGGGUUCUCCAGGUGUUGAGGGCAUCAGGGGGCGACAGGGUCAUCCUGGACCUAAAGGAGAUGAUGGUGCGAUCGGAGCCCCGGGAGAGAAGGGAGAAGCUGGUGUCAAGGGUGAUGCUGGUGAGCCAGGAAAACACGGAUCUGAUGGCGAAUCAGGAGCUCCUGGAGAAAAGGGAGAGCCAGGGCUGCCUGGAGCCAUUGGUGUCCGAGGAAUUGUGGGAAUUCCUGGUUUGCCAGGAAAACAAGGACCUGUGGGAGCUGAGGGCUUGAAGGGUGAAACUGGUGCUGUAGGGGAGACCGGUCCAAUCGGUCCUCCUGGUAAAGAUGGUGCAACUGGACCUGCUGGAGAGGAUGGAGCACCAGGAGUUAAAGGAGCCACGGGUGAGGCAGGUAAACAGGGUCCGGUUGGCCCGGCGGGUCCUCCAGGAAUCCAGGGAGAUAAAGGCGAUAAAGGACUUAUGGGUCCUCGUGGCAUCAAGGGUCACACCGGUCAUAAAGGAGAGCAGGGCCCGAUAGGUCCAGUUGGUCCUAAAGGAAGUAUGGGAGAUCCAGGUGUUGGAGGGGAACCAGGCAUGAAGGGAGAUCAGGGACCUCCUGGUAUCGCUGGAAUCAAAGGAGAGAGCGGAGAAAAAGGCCAGCGAGGCGCCACAGGUGCCGAUGGUCGUCCGGGACAGCCUGGUCACGAGGGUUUGGCCGGUCCUCAGGGAGCCCGAGGUCUGGAAGGGGAAAUAGGAUUAACAGGACCACCUGGUCCCAGAGGUCUACCUGGCCUCAAGAUAAACGACGAGAAGAUUCAUGAAAUUUGCUCCGCUAUUGUUGAAGAACAUUUAGACGCCUAUAAGAAAGAAUUGGCAAAGAAACCUCAGCCGAUUGCAGCUCCUGGAGCGCCAGGACCCAUGGGGCCGCCCGGACCAGAAGGACCUGCGGGAGCUGCAGGAGUCGCUGGACCCAGAGGACUUAUGGGACCCAAGGGACUUUCAGGAUACCAUGGCCUUCCUGGAAAACCAGGGACUAAAGGUGAAGCUGGACAAAAAGGCGAUAAAGGAGAUAAAGGAAUCGGAAUCCCGGGAAUCCCAGGAGAACCUGGACCUCAAGGACCAGCUGGCAAACCCGGCAUUGGUAAGGACGGUCACGAUGGUGCUAGAGGAGAAGCCGGCGUGCCUGGAACACCAGGUACCCCUGGGGCGAGAGGAUCUCCGGGCGCUCCUGGCCUCUGUGAUCCAUCAAACUGCUACAGACCACCUCAACCUCUGUACAUGGUCGGCGGGAAAAAGCCGGUCAACUUUAAGGGUCCAUGAAUAGAAAGACACUAACCGUCAUCACGGGGAACACAGAGACAGUCCAUUUCCCAUAAACUUGAAGAGACUUUAAAUGGUGCCGUGAAAAAACACAAACUUUUACAGUUGUAUAGAGACAGGUGACUGCUGUGAUGGUGGAUUCAAUUCAGAUGCUCAUUGUUGUGCCUUGUACAUAAACUUGUACGGUUGGGGAGAGGUGUGUUUGUUCUUUCUGAGGGUUUCAAUUGUAGACAAAGAAAUAAAAUGAUUUGAAAUGUAUGUUUCAAUUCUUAGGACACAAAGAAAUAUGACCUUGUAAAUUCAUUUGGCAAUGUUAAAUCAACUUGCAAAGUGCCAUACUGUUCAAUUUUGCAAGUCAUUUUAUAGACCAAUGUUAGUCAUGGUGCCAGAAAUUAAGCUAAUGCCAAUAACAGUGUGAUCCGGUAAUGGGCAACUUAAAAUAAAUCAUGAAUACCCAACAGAUUAAACCUAAUUUCUCU